AUGGGUCAGAGCAGGCCCACUUCGGAGGGACAUGAUGGGCUCGGUGUGGAGGAGGUGCAGCGCACUUCUCUUGAGAUGAGUGAUCGCAAGGAGAUCGAUGUCAAGGCGAAAGAGAAUAUUGACCAUGUUGAGCGUGUCCUCUCGCCGCCGGAUGAUCUCCAGAAGGAGGAUAUGGAUUUCACACGUGUCGAUAAGGAGAUUCAGAUGUAUGCUGGACGGGGGCAGGUCGAGAUCGACGAGGCUACCAACAAGCGCCUAAAGAAGAUGAUCGACCGCCGCGUGCUGGUAAUUAUGAUCUUGACCUACUUCCUGCAGGCGUUGGAUAAGGGGACCAUGUCCUUUGCAUCGAUUAUGGGCAUCAAGACAGACGCGGGCCUCGAGGAUGGCCAAAAGUACUCCUGGCUCACAACUUGUAUCUACAUCGCCGUCCUCGUCGUCGAAUACCCAACGAACUGGAUCAUCCAGCGCGUUCCCAUCGCCAAGUAUCUCGGAAUCAACAUCUGCAUCUGGGGCGGCAUUCUAGCAAUGCACGCAGCAUGCCAUAACUUCGCCGGUUUGGUCGCCGUCCGCACCCUCCUCGGUAUCUUCGAGGCUUGCUGUCAACCGACCUUCGUCCUGCUCUCGUCAAUGUGGUACAAGCGUGAAGAACAAGCCGCGACCGUCACAUACUGGUACAUGAUGAACGGAGCCCAACAAAUUGUCGGCGGCCUCCUCGCCUAUUGUUUUACGCUAAUCGGUGGCGACAAAGCCCUAAAAUCUUGGCAAGCUCUCUUCCUCUCCUACGGCUGUCUCUCAGUUCUGUGGGGCCUCUUCGUAAUUUGGUGGAUGCCCGACUCCCCCAUGCGAGCCAAGUGCUUCAGCGAAGAAGAUAAGCACCUAAUGGUCGAGCGCCUCCGCUCCAACCAAACCGGCAUCCAAAACAGACAAUUCCGCGCAUACCAGAUGUGGGAGGCACUCCGGGACCCGCAGACCUGGUGCUACUGCAGUAUCCAAAUCUUCACAACCCUCCCGACAAGUGGCCUGGGCGCCUUCGCAGGAAUCAUCAUGAAGAGCUUCAACUUCACGACUCUGCAGAGCCAGCUCCUCGCCAUGGUACUGGGAUUCUACAUCAUCGUCAUCCUGCUCACCUCCGCCUGGCUGGUCAAGCGUUUCCAGCAGAAUCUGCUCGUCAUGCUUGGUUUCGUCAUCCCGUCGUAUAUCGGUACAAUUGUCCUCAUGACUGUCGCCAACACCACGCUGGCGACUAAGGUUGGACUGCUGAUUAGUUACUAUAUCACGCUCUCCUUCUGGUCUGCGCAAACACUGGCCUUGUCGAUGGUCUCCCGGAACAUCGCUGGACAGACCAAGAAAGCUACCGUCGUCGCUUGCACCUUCAUCUCCUGGGCUGCGGGUAAUGCGAUCGGGCCGCAGGUCUUCUUGGACUGGGAUGCGCCGAGAUACCAUAUUGCUUGGAGUGUGCAUCUGGCUUGCUACGCUUGCAUGACUGUCGCUGUCAUCUUCCUUCGGUUCUACCUGAUCAAGCAGAAUAAGAAGAAGGAUGCGAUUCUUGCGGAGCAGGGGCUUUCGGCUGCGGAUCCGAAUUUGAUUCAUGCUUUCGAGGAUAAGACGGACCAGGAGAAUUUGAAUUUUAGGUAUAUUUAUUAA